CCCUUGACCUCCUCUGCCUGUCUCGCACUAGCUCGCUGCUGCUCCCAAAGUACCCACUUUCUCCCCUUCGCUUCUCGUUCUUUGACUUCUCCAGACCUCUUGCUUUGCCUUGAGUCCACCCAGAUGCCCACUACCACCACUGCUACUCCUGGCUCUCUUUCUGCCUCACCUGCUUCUCCACUCGUCAACCCCCAUCCCUCCUCCUCCUCCUCCUCCUCCUCCUCUGACCCUGAUCCCCUCGCAGACCACCGCCCUUCCUCUUCUUCUUUAUCGCGAGGAGACGCCCUGUCCGGCUCCCGUUCGCCUUCCACUUCCACAUCCAGCUCCAGCUCUACAUCCAGCACCCAAAAGUCAAAGACAAAGCCGCCGACACCGCCCGCUGCUGCUGUCGCUGCCGCUGAGCCCGUCCUUGCUCCCAGGCCAGUCCCGACUGUCGCCCGCCGCUCGACUUUGACCUCCCGCUUUCCGCUGCUACGCAAGUCCAGUCGCGAGCCCGCCCACCUCACCCACACCAGAGGCAACAGCAACUCGACCAACUCGACUCACCUCCUUCCCACCGCCGCCCCGCGUGCCUCCAUCUCGUCUUCGCGUGGCCGACAAGAUCCCUCCAUUGAUCAGCCUAGGCCCCGUAAUCCGUCUACGGUCAACAGCAACAGAUCGCUGAGCCGCGAGCCGGAGCGCUUCGCCCAAAACCCCCCCGCACGAAGCCCUUCGCGCGCUGUACCCUCACCUGCCGCUGCUCCUAUCCCACCGCCAGACCACAAAAUGCAUCAAACUUCCUCUAGGUUGCUCCGCAUGACGGACGAUGAGCGGCCUUUUACUCGGGACUUCAAGGAUUUGUUUUCGACCCUCAUGGUGUCGUUGCCCCUUACAUCCCAUCGUGUCCGCUUCAGGAUGAUCGAUUCUACAUUUACUUCCGACGAGGCCAUCACAAAUCUGGGCUCCCUCAAAUUCUCCCAAUCGAACCGCAUGCCGGAUCCCAAAGACUCAUCCCGUGUUGUCACUACUACCACAACCACCACCUUCUCCAUGGCCAAGGAGAUGGCCCGAUCCGUGUGUCAAAAAUUCCUCGAGGCAAAGUUUGUUGAGUCAUGUGAAAACAAGGUCGAUUUCCAAAACAAGAGCUCUGUGUGGCAGCUCUCCCCCAAGGGCAUCCACAUCUUGGAUCGUUUCUGUUCCCGCAAUGGCAUUCAGUCAGCUCACGUCAAGAACGUAAUUGAAUCUCCUCGCAACGCACACCAACUCGUCAUUCUGGAGAGAAACACCGAGACCGACAAGCUGCACAACGACGAGCAAACGGUCGAGAUCAUUUUCCGCCGCUUUGUGGGUCACACCGCCAACGAGGUCCACUCCGAAACCGAGUCUGUUCAUGAGUUUUCAAGGUGUGAUACUGGUGUUCGGCUUGUCAAGCACAAGCCUACAUCGAGUCGCCCCUACGAAUACACGCUUAGUGGAAGAACCGCUGCUGAGUGGCUUAUGGACUGUUCCACCAUGGUCGAUCGUCGGGAGUCGUUGGAAAUCGGCUCCAUGUUCUUGCAACUCGGCUUGAUUGCCCCUGUGGAUUCACGCAACUCGGCCGACAAGUUCCAAGCGCUCAAACAGGUACAUUACUUCAUCACUCAGCACGGUGAGCGUGUCGCCGGAUGGAACCUCAGAGACGAUGUAUCGGUCAACUCCGAGUCCAAUCCCAACAAAGCACGUGACGGUGCAGCUCGCGACUCCAACAGCAACCGCACAAACGUCAUCAUUCGCAACCCAUCGUGGCGUUUGCUCUACCGUGAAUUUCUCAAGGACACCAUGUGCGAAGAGAACUUGUCUUUCUAUCUCGAUGUUCAAGAGUUCAACCACCAAUAUCGGGCUGCAGUCAAUGCUUCUGGUGAGAGCAAGAUCGAGACUAUCCGGGAAACUCUCGCUGCUGCAUAUGGCUUGUACAAUGCUUUCCUAGCCCCCGGCUCGCCCAACGAACUCAACAUCGAUCACGCUUUGAGGACGCAGCUUGCGACUCGCAUGACCCGUGCCGUUGGUGAUGAUCAGGCGAUGAUGCAGAGUUUGGUAGAGGUUGCGUCCCUUUUUGAGAAGGCACAGAACUCGAUAUUCAAGCUCAUGUCUAGUGAUUCCGUCCCGAAAUUCAUCAAACAUCCCAAAUACGGACCCCAACUUCGCGGACUCGAUGCUGCUGCCGCUGCAGCCUACGGCACUCCCAAUGGAAACUCGCGAUAA